UUGGCUUACAGCAACGGCACUCGCAGCUUUUGUCACCGCGGUGUCCCUCCGAGGUCGACCCUGCAGCAUCCUCAUGUCUCGUGCUUUGCGUAGCAGCCGCCUCUCUGUCGCCGCAGCGGUUCUGACUGCACUUUGGGCAGUUCAGGCCUUCGUGGCACCGCCUACACGCGUGUCGGUGGAGGAUGCCAGGAGCGUCUCGCUCCUGAGGGGUCAAGCCAAGACCGUGGAGCCAGCGGUUGCCAGCGAUAGCAUCGGCGCCACCGUGGUGGGCGUUUGGGCCGUGGCUGGUAUGACAGCCAUGGCACGAACUAGAUUGCGUGCUGAGGCCAAGGAGGCUGAGGCGAAGGAGGAGCAGAAGAAGCCCUUCAACGUUUGGGAGCCUGACACUUAUGGCAACAUCUCCAUGGAUGACGUGAAGAAGUAUGGUGCCGCUGGUACCCUGUCGUACGUCAUCACCGAGUUGCUCUUCUGGGCGAUUGCCUUCCCCACGGAGUGCAUUGUGUACCUGAACACUGCCGGACACUGGCCGGACUUCAGCAAACCUGAGGAGAGCGCGGCUGUCUUCGGCCUGGUCUUCGCGGCCUCCAACAUUGCAAGGCUCUUGUUGCCACUCCGAUUUGGUGCGGCUUUGGCCAUGGCACCUUGGGUGGACGAGAACAUCAUGCAGAAAUUCUUUAAGCAGGAGGAGGCCAAGGAGGGUGCUUGAGCUGUUUGAGGUGCUUGAGCUGCUGUCUUUUUAUACGCCAAGGGGCCUGCUGCGGCAAGGUCUGCAGUGGUUUGAGGCCAGUUUUCCGUCACCAGCUGAGGAACUUGCCAAGGAGGUCUCCUUUUCUUGGAGGGAGACCAGGAGAAAGAGUUCUAUG